AUGGCAUCCAACACACUUCAAACAAUUGUGUUGAUCACUGGUGCCAACCAAGGAAUCGGACUUGCUACCGCCAAACAGCUGCUGGCAUAUGAAAACUAUUACAUUAUUCUCGGGUCUCGGGAUGCAGGGCGCGGUUCUAAAGCUGCGGCCGAACUCGACCCUACCGGUCAACGCGUGGAGGCUAUCACCAUCGAUGUGACCGAUGAUGACUCCAUCGAGGAAGCAGUUCGACAUAUUACCUCGACACAUGGUCGGCUAGAUGUACUGGUCAACAACGCAGGCAUAAACAACGAGUUAGAGUUAUUCUUCAAACAGGCCGAGGAGCAAGCUCCUAGCACGGAGAAAAAGCCAGAUCUUUCUACCCUUCGUGCACAGGCUCAGAAGCUAGAACAGACCAAGCCUCAACUAGCCACACUACGUCAGCUCUAUCGCGAUGCCUUUGAGGUGAACCUAUUCGGUGCUGCCAUGGUCACUGAGGCUUGUACACCUCUACUCGACAAAGCAGCUGCCAGCCCUGCUCGGAUUGUCUUUGUCUCCUCGCACACGGGCUCCAUGGGUCUUCGAGUAGACAAAAAUGGUCCUGAAUGGGAAAAGUGGUCACGGCCCUCUUUCCCCAUUUACCGGAGUAGCAAAGCGGCGUUGAAUUUCAUUACCCUUCACUACGCAGCAAAAUUCAAUGAGAAAGGGUGGAAGGUGAAUGCUGCAUCUCCAAAUCUGACUGCGACCAAUUUCUCGCGUGGCAAUGGACGCCCAGCCUCUGAGUCAGCAGUCAACAUUGUCAGGCUGGCUACUCUGUCAAGUGACGGAGACACGGGGACGUACAGUGAUGAGAAUGGUACUGUACCUUGGUAG